CAAUCUAGCGGUAUCAACUAGUUGUUUGGUCGUGGUUAUAGGAGUGGUGAUAUUGUAUUCCUUGAUAUCAGAUGGGUUUUCAGAUAGUAUUGGCUUGUCUGUUGGGUUUGCUACCAUAAUAUUAGUAGGAAGAGGAAGAGUAAAUGAGUAUUUUGGUCUGAUUUCUGCCAGGAAUCGUUUAGCAUCUGUUGUUUCCAUAAUUGG